CUGAAGUGCCUGGGCGUUGCCAAACUGAAAGUAAAAGAUAAGAAAGAAAGAAAGAAAGAAAGAAAGAAACAGAACAUCCCAGAAUUAGAUCAUUUUGGAUUUGUUGAUCAAGAUUUACUAUGGAGUUUAAUAUCUGGAGAUUGAAUACAUAUUUCAUCAUGUUGUCCACAUUGGUGAUAGAUGUUGUUACUUCUGAUUUGCAGAUUUACAAUGCGGAUUGUACGUUUAAUGAAAAACCCUCCUGCUGUCGAGUAAAAUGUGACUGGAAACCAGAAACCCAAGAUAACUUCACUUCAGUCACUUGUCGUGUUACAGGAGAAACCAUGAAAUGCACUGUUAGCAAUGAAGAAAAAGUGUGGACCACCCCUUCAAUACCUUAUGGGAAAAUUGCCAUAGAUGCUACUUGUGUAAUAUCUCAAGACAAGACAAAAAAAUACACUGUGUUCUGUUAUAAGCAAAAAAAACCCAUUUGCUGUGACACACCAUGUGAGGUGUGCAAUAUCACUUUGCUCAAUGCAACAUGCGAAAUGACAGGAGGAAAAGUUGGUGUGUGCAGUUUUGGUGUUGGUGACAAUACAAUGCUUGAGUUGUGCUUUAAGAAAUCUUGUAAAAAGCCUAAUGGCAAACCUUGCGUUUUUGAAAAUGAUGAUAAGUGCUAUAUUAAUUUGGGGUCAGUGGAUGAAAUAAGACAAAGGCAAAAGCAAGAACCCAGUGUAAGCAAACAUCCAAGCACUGACAAGCACGCUGUGACAGCACGACAUGCACACACAGUGACUUUGAAUAAAAAUAAAAAAUCAAACAACCUCAACAACCUGGACUGCAGUACUGCUGCUAUUGUCUUAUACAUUUUUGUUGGUAUUAUCAUUGCCAUUGUCAUUGUUGUUACUGUUGGCAUUGCACACAAUCUAAAAACUCAAAAGUGCAUCAUAUGCUGUUUAACUGAUGAAUACCGAACCCCAUCUGAAAAUCGAAGAGAUUGAAUCUACAUGUGCUAAAUGAGAUGCAGCAAAAAAGUGGAAACUAUUAUUAGUUGUGUGGAGUUUUCCAUGGCAUGAUGAACAAAUGAUAAAUACAAUAUACGGCAUGGGAAAAGUUUGGAGAAAAAACUACUGAAAAUUUGACCUAUCAUUAUAGAAGACUGCAAAAUGACAAAUAUAUCUUGACUGGAAAGAAAUAAGACUUGCUUUUAAUGAAAUUCUUAAGGGAUUCUAAUUUUAGCAUACUUUUAUGAGGAAAGUGAGAUUGGUAAGUAAUUUUAAAUAUUGAAUAAGUGACUAAUGUUAAUUUUUUUUUAACUAAUUUUACAAAUCAAUUUCUAAAGUUAAAACCAUAACUUUAACUGAAUAUAAAUAAAUAAAACAAUAUGUACAGUAUGUUCUAUAAACUGUAAAAAAGAGCUGUAAUCUUUUAACAACAAAUUGAACAUAGAAAUUCAAGUUUAUUUUUAGUGCUCUUCAAGAUAAACAUCUGUAGUUACUUUUGGGAUGGGUAUACCAAGGCAGAAACUGAAAAGCAAAUGGGAAAUCAUUUGUGUAGUUGCUGUUCUAACAUGCCACAAAUUCCAUCCGUUUUGAUCAGGUCUGUGUUUGUGUACUCGUCAUCUAUCAGAUUU